AUGAGAAACUUCACCUAUACUGAAUUGAACACAGGCAGGCAAGCAACACUGGUGUCCGCACCCACAAACCGUAGAGGAAUCUACCGUCCCCCAACACUAAAUUCCACUCCCAUCCUGGCGCACUCAAGACAUCCCACCUCCCGCCGCAGGCCGGAUAGCAAACUCUUCUUUAAACCACUUUUCCGUAAGAAUGGGGAAGAGAGACUCAGAGCCUCGCCUUCCCAACCCUACCCGCGAGAAGAGCUCCUUCGUGGACUCCGCCGGACCCCACACCCUGCCCUGCUCACCACGGCGGGGGAGGGGAGAGCGCCCCACACAGGAAGUGCAUCCUGCGCCCCUAGCUCGCGCCCCGCCGCCGGGUACCUGCCCUGGACCGCCGGCAGGCGAGCGGCAGCCGCAUCCACAUGGCCUCAGGUGUUCGCGCGGCUGCUCCGCCGGCCCCAGCCAGCCCCUCCCCGGCCCGCUCCAAGCCCGGCCCUCCACCACCCGUGCCUCACUCCCAGCCCGCAGCCAAGAGGCCAGCAACGCCGGUCCCCGCCGAGCUGCCAAGAACGUAGACCCCUCAGCACCUCAGGCCGCAACGACCAGCUCCUAACAGAACACUAUCCAGGUGACCACCACAUGGAAACUUGCCCCAUUCUACAGCCAGAUCUGCUGGGGUCCGCCCAUGUGCCUUUGAAGUAUCACAGAGAGGAAACACAUUCAUUGAAAUCAUGACCAGCAGACAGGUAUUCGUGCUCUUGUGCUGUGUGUGGCCCUGGACACAUUUCACCCGAGUGCCAUGCCUGACCCCCUAGUGUCACCUCACUUAUAGGUACUGUGAGUAUCUAAAGAGAGCUGCAUGAAGAAUUCAUGCAGUACCAGACAUGCUUAACUAGCACCACCGUGCAUGACUCCACGCUUGGAGUCCCAGGACUCAGGAGGCUGAAAUAAGGGAGUCAUUGUAAAUUGGAGGUCAAUACAACAGCAAAGCGGGUGAA